AUGGUAUUACUAACACCAGAAAGACUUCUUAAAUUGGCUUAUCAUUAUCCGGAUUUACACAAUACAUGGUAUAUAAUAACAACUUCAGCAUUAUUAGAAUUAAAUUUAAUUGAUGAAAUUCCAAUAGUUCUACAUUUUGCUUUAAGACAACAAUUAUUUGAAUUUUCAACAGAUGAAGAAAGCAUUACUAAAAAUGAAUAUAUGAUAAAAUUAGCUGAAGAUUCAAUAUUAUCAAGUCAACAUUGUGUAAAAAUGUAUAAAACUGGGGUUAAGAUUCCUGAUGUUUUAAUUCCUUUAGCUUAUUAUAAAAAAAUGCCUUUAAAUUAUAAAUAUACCCGUGGUGAAGAUAUCAAUAGAAAACAACAAUUUAUUGUACUUCAAAUUAAUGAAGUUAUUUUAAAAUUGGCAUCAAUGUGUGGGUUACCCAGAGUUAUCAAUGGCUUAACCAUAUUAAAAGCUGCAACUCCAACAAGAUUAUCUCAACAUGUGUUAAGAAGAAUCGAUGAAGUCAAAAUAAUACCAGAUGACCCAAAUGGGGUAGAAACAAUUGAUGGUCCAAUAUCAUCAUCCUCGAUAGAUACAAAGGUAGUCAAAUCAAAUCUAAUACGAGGAUCUAAACUUUGGGAUUCAAUCUAUACAAAAGGUGUCAAUAUCAAAAUUAAAAAGCAAAUGAUAAAUGCAAAUCCAGAUUUAUGGUAUUUUGUUUACAAUCAUAUUUAUUCGUACUUAUUAAGUUAUAAUGAAAUAUUAACUGUCAAAAAGACUUCAUUAGCUAUAAUUGCUUGUUUGAUCAUUCAAGAUGUACCUCCGCAAUUAAAAGGACAUUUAAAAGGUGCUUUAAACAUUGGUACUUCAAAAGAAGAGAUAAGUCAUACACAAAAGAUGGUAUUACAAAUUUGUGAAUGGUAUGGUCGUACCUGGAAAGAUGGAGUUAAUAGUUUAGCAAAAUUAUAG